GAUGUAGAUUCUGAGCCAUAUAGAAGGUUCAUUAUGACCGACAAACAUCCCGUGCCCAGAUUUGAAUAUCAACCUCUAGAUCUCGACCAACCAACCGCAAUUCGAAUUCUUAUCUUAAGUGGGGGUUCUGGCAAUUCUCCCAUUGAAAGUUCGAUCCUCCACACAGACCUGAAAGAUCCCUCGAGUACAAUAAAAUAUGAAGCACUGUCAUAUGAGUGGAAAGAAGCUAGUAACGACGACCCUAUAAUUCUGGUGAAUAAUUGCGAGUUUCGGAUUCGAAAGAACCUGUACGAUGCCCUCAUUCAACUAAGAUUUGUGGAUAAAGAUCGGUUCUUGUGGAUCGAUGCUCUAUGCAUUAAUCAGUCCAAUCAUCUGGAGAGAAAUCGCCAGGUACGCAUCAUGCAAACCAUUUAUAAGAGAGCAAAAAGAGUCAUUCUCUGGCUAGGCCCUGCGAAAGAUGAUAGUGAUCUUGCACUAGAGAUUUUGGAGAUAAUAGAAACUACCCGUGGGGGAGAAAGACAAAUUCCAGAAUCUCAGGACCGAACUCGUAAGUCUUGGCGCGCAGCACUCCUUGCCUUGUGUCAAAGAUCAUACUGGCACCGAGUCUGGAUGAUGCAAGAGAUAUGCCUCGGUCGAGAAUACUUAGUAUGCUGUGGUAGUAAGAAAAUUUCUGGUGAUACCUUCGAUGAAGCUUUCAAGAAUCUGGGGAGAUCUAGGGACCAUGGAGAUGACUGGAACGAUACAGUUAAGGAAACUUUGGCGAUCCGACAUAUCACUACGCUCAGAUACUGGGCACAAAGAGGGUGGCGCUUUCGGCUAGGCCAAUGUAUGGAUAUCUGUCUGGAUAGUUUGAUUGCUACAGAGCCUCGAGAUUUCGUAUAUGGAAUGCGUGGUCUUGUUAGUGACUGUGGGAGGGAUGAGCUAGUUCCUGACUAUCAAAAGUCUUUGAAAGAUGUGUUCUUUGACGCAGUUCCGAUUUUAAAACGAUCCUCGAAUUCAUCGGCGCAAGUGAUCAGUAAGCUAGCGAAGAAGCUUAACUUGACUGAGGAUGAAGAUGUGCAACUUUGCUUGUUAGAGAUGAAGGAUCACAAUAAUGAGCCCGACAAAGUUCAUAGAACAACUCAAAUUGAGUAUCCUGGGGGAAUGAGGAAAAGGCUUCAAAUGAGGAACAGAAGAAGUACCGGGAAUGGGAAGGGUGGCAAGGGAGACUAUGAUUGGCAGCUUGACAUGGAAGAACCUCAAUCCUCAGAUUUAUGACACAACUAAUGGGUUUAAGUGAUCUCGAAAGUGAGACUUUAACAUCGUGGAUUUGAAAUUAGUUCA